AUCUUCAUCUUGUUGUGUUUAGUUUGCAUUUAUGAAUUUUUUGGGUUGUGGGUACUUCCCAAAGCCGGUACAGGCCGGUUGAGGGGUCAUUGUGUUAAACGACCAGAAAAGGCGUAAUGCGCCAUUGAAAUUUUUGUGUGAACAAUAAUGCGAUAAAUUUUAGUGAAGGAAAGAACCAAAUACGUCCGAUCUUCAAGAUUUCUAAGAAACGAUCAUGUUAAUGUGGAUGAUUUACGAAGUUUGGCGAUCAGCUUAGAAACUUUGAGUAAAACAGCCUUCUAACUCAAACCCCCAAAUGCAUUGUUCGGUCGCAUUUCUCCUCAGAAGCUCUUUUCCACCAUAUCAAUAUUUUUAGUGCGUUUCCUGAAAAAAAAAUUAAAAGAAUUCGGCUAGAAAAGUUGCUCACGUUAAAUUUUGAAAUGUUUCUAAGUUUGUGCUCAAGUACAGGCUUGGGUUUAUUAUCGCAUUGAGCUAGGUAGAAAGCUUGAUAAAGUUAUCUCAUCGGUGUGAAACGAUGACUUAAAAUGGCGUCGCAUGGAAUCGAGGACGCCGGACAGUGGCUAAUGCAAAUGAGCAUCUGUUCCGCAGACUGUAUGUCUCGUCGACCGAACCUUCCAGGCCCCACUCGCCCCAUGGUCAGCCACAGAAAUCCCGAACAGACCGCCAGGGACUUGGCAGUUUUAUCCGUAUUUCACCAUUUAUAAUUCAUGUUUCAAUUACGCUGUCAUCACUAUUUAGCAGGUGGCAAGUCUGCUACCCGAGAAGAGUUUUCGUAUAUUUAAACUCUUAUCUACUGGAUAUGGAUAUUUGCCGGGCAUUUGGUGUCACUUUUCUUGGAAUUUAGACUUUGAUACUCUUAGAAUUUCAACCAUGUUGGUUGCCGGACUCAUACUAGUUUUUGCACAUUGCAAGGUUAGCUCGCCUCUCUUCGUUCCAAGUGACAUCCCUGGAGAUUUUGUGAUAGGCGCCCUUCUUCCACUGUCUCAAAACAAAGACGGACAAUGUCAGGGAAUCAAUCCAAUGACUUUGCUUUGGAAAGAAACCCUGCAUCAUGCCAUCAGGAACCUCGAGAAGAGUAACAAGUAUAACAUCUCCGUGGGUUUAACCGUAAGAGAUACCUGUAAAAGCCGAACGACGUCGUUAGAGCAGGCGCUUGGACUUGUAAACAGCUACCAAAGCACCUUGCCAAACCGACCAAAAGUCAUUGCUGUUGUGUCUCCCUCACAAGAAAGAGCAACUUCAUUGUUGCUGAGCCUUUUUAAGAUUCCUCAAUUGUAUUUUUCCAACUCGAGAAUUCGCUCAACAGAAGAAAAUCAGGGGUACACAUUUACUUCCGUGAAAGUUGGCCAUUAUCGCUCGAAGGCUCUGGUUGACUUGAUCCAGUUUUUCAACUGGAAAUCUGUAGCUGUUAUCGUGUCCAAUGGACUGGAAAUGGAGUCUAAGUUAAAUGAGGAGUUCGUUUUACACGCUGGAGUAUGUAUUGCGGUAAAAAAGAAAAUUAAGGACGGAGUACAUUUGCAAGAAGAGAUGUCUGCAGAAAUUGUGCAGAAAAUCCGAAUGUUAGAUGGAGUAAAGGCUGUAAUUCUUUAUACAACUAUCGAGGAUACAAUUGCUAUUUUAAAAGCUGCUGCAAGCUCUACACGAAAUUCCCGCUACUUCACCUGGGUCGACGCCUUGGGGUCCAGCCUCUUACAGCCGAGAGAAGCCGUGCGCACUGGGGAGAGUGUAAUAGGGAUGACCGCUGAAUUCAACUUUCUUAAAAGUCUCCGAAACUCAGUUUUCAAGAGAAGCCUGAAAGAAGAAGCUUUUAAAAUAAAAGAGACAGUUUCUUUGAAAGAUCAAAGGGACUUUCACGAAAGUCUCUCGUACGCGGAAGAAAUGUUCGAAACUUUAUCUGGCAAUCUUUGUGAUAGUCACGGGGGCUGUGCAGACCAAAACAUACAAGUUGCUAAGCAACAAGCCGAAAACUUGCAGGGUAUACUAAAUAGCGUGACGAUGGUUUCCAUGGCAAUGUCGAGUUUGAUUGACAGGAUUUGUGUGGACAAGGCGAAAAGUCAGUGUCUUGAAAAUCUGACGCCCCGUCAGGUUUCGCUCCAAAUGGCCAAGGUCACGAAAGUGCUAGAAACGUCUACGUCUCAACAAAACCAUCAUUGUGGAUUAAAACAGAAUUUAUUUUCGCUAGUUAAAAUCCAAGGAAACAUUACUCGCCCGAAGAACGUCCGUGUGGUUGGAACCUGGGAUAAAUCCUGGUUUAUCAACAAGAAAGCAUUGACCCUUGAGGGACGCUCCGAAAUUCCCGAGUCCUCAUGUAGUCCAGUCUGUCCCGUAGGUUACAUCCGGGAUACUAAGCAUGCGUGCAAGUGCUGCUGGUCCUGCUCGCCCUGUCAUUAUAACCAAUACGUACUCGACAACUACACAUGCGCAGAUUGUACACGUGGCUAUUGGCCGUCACCCGACUACAGGAAGUGCGAGUUCAAGCUUGGCGUGACAUUUACUUCCUGUACUAUUGGACUGCUAAGUGUAGCGACUGUUUUGUCGUUACUGGUAUUGUGAGAUUACAAAUAGUGCGUGACAACCGGAAGCACUAUUGCGUUUCAACCGGAAGUACAAUUUCACUCUGGCUUGGCGUGACAUUGACUGCCUCGUUCUUGUUGGUAUUGUGAUGUUACUUACGCCUUGCGCGACCACCGGAAAUAAAAAUCAAUUCUUCGGAUACUCGAGAAACAUUAUCACUUCGAGAACUGCGGAAAAUUCGCGAGGUUCACCGUUCUAAGGGGUGCCCGAACUGAGAAAUAUUAGAAGCAUGUCACGCUACGCUUCAUGUCAUUUAUCCUAACAUGCCGCUACACAGUUUUUUUGUCAAAAUGUUUUCACGUUGACAACUGUUUUAUAAACUGUUAUAUCAUUUUGGGUAUUGUAGCGCCUAUGGAGGCAAACACGCCCUCUCCCUCUAAGUCGUGCGGCUCUGAAUCGAAGCGGUACUUUGAACUCUGUAUGGGGACAUUAAAAUUUGUCGAAUUGGAUAAGAGCAUGGUUUUGUUAUCAAAUGAUAUUUUGUUAUCCUUUUUACCUUACAUUUCCCUCGUAUCAGGCCCCCCUCCCCCUUUUUUUUUCUUCUCUAAGACUCAAAGCUCAUGAUUGGUUUAUGAUGACGCCCAUUACCCGUUAUUUAGCAUUCUACUGAUCUAAGGCUAAGUUUAAAUGUAUUAUCCAUGAGCCAUAUUCAAUGCAAAUGCAUGCAAAUGAAGAUGAAACAAUCGACUCGAUUCAUUUGCAAGAAUGAAUUUUGAACUUAGUCGAAUUAUUUUUAUUGCUGCGAGUAACCGAUAAGAUCAUGCAAAUAAAUAAUUACGAUAAAAA